CCGGGAAUAAAAGCACAACUACCACCCCGGCUGGGCUAGCGUGCUGGUCGCCGCUGGGCCGAAACGCCGUCUGUCUCUGAGAGACCAUGGCCGGGUCCCCGCGCUCCCCGCUGCUCCUGCUGGCCGCCCUGGCCCUGGCCCUCGCCCUGGCCGUGAGCCCCGCGGCCGGACAGGGCCACAAGGGCCGCCUGGUGGGCGGCCUAAUAGACGCGGAUGUCAACGAGGAGGGCGUGCAGCAGGCGCUGUCCUUUGCCCUCAGCGAGUACAACAAAGCGAGCAAUGACGCCUACCACGGCCGCGUGCUGCGCGUGCUGCGCGUCCGCAAGCAGGUCGUGGCUGGGAUGAACUACUUCUUGGAAGUGGAGAUUGGCCGAACCACGUGCACCAAGUCCCAGGCCAACCUGGACAACUGUCCCUUCCCCAACCAGCCGGACCUGCAGAAGAAAACGCUGUGCUCCUUCCAAGUUUACACCGUCCCCUGGAAGGGCACCACCUCCCUGGUGAAGUCCAGCUGUCGCGAUGAAUAGGGGAUCCGGCAGCAGGGGGGCUGUGGACUGCCUCUCACUCACGCCUCCGAUGGGUGACCCACCUGGUGGAUGCGCCCUCUGCGUGCACCGCAGCGACCCACACAGAAGGCUCCUCCUGCCUUUUUAAAAUGGCUCUAACUCCUUUCUUUCUUUUAAUUGCUUUCCAGGUGCACCAGAUGCAUGUUGUCUGCUAUGUUCCUCAAUAAAAAAAGUUAACAGCA